AUGGCCUGGGAAGUCGAGCACCUCUUCGUUCCCAGUCCCCUACAGGGCGACAUUCGUAUGAGCGAACCAUACUCCGAGUCAAACGUGAUGUCGAGUUGGGAAAGAUUUUUUAUUGCUCCAGCAGUUAUUCAAUGCUCGGAUGUAAAGUCCGGCGAGGAAACCCCACAGUAUUGGCGAGCGAUUCUCGGUGACAUUUGCCAGCUUCCUUCGUUUCCACGAGCGACCGGCGAUCCUCACCGAUAUGUGGAAUGUGUUCGUCAAAGUUCUUUAGCAGCUGAUCGAAAAGAUCUGGGCAUUUGGUUGCUCAGAGAAUGUCUUCCUGGCUUUGAAUUUGUCGCUUCGGCUCGACGCUGUAAGACAGUUCGUUCGGUGAAAAGACAACAAGAACUGUGCGGGUCGAGCAACUCGACCAUGUACCAAUUCUGCCCUUCGACCAACAGUACUGAGUUCCUUGUGGAAGAAGUUCGUGAAGCUCCACGCCAAUGCACUUGUCCAAAUGGUGAGGAAAACUGUGUAUGUCCAAGUCCGGAAAUUCUUGAGCCAGUAGUCAUGCCGGUCAACUCGGACAAAGCUCGUCGUUCUCCACUUACUACUUCGAACUGCCAAACAACGACCACUCAGCAACAGUAUUGCCCACAGCAACAGCCCGCUAUUGUACAGCCUCAGGCCUGUCCUCUUGUCCAAGGAGGAAUUCAAACGGCGCAGUACCAGGGCAUCUGCUCGUGGAUGGUUGACCCGUUGGCGACUGAUCCUCAGUCACGAUCCCACUAUUUACAAUGUCAACCGGCACCUAAUAAUUUGUUCUGUGGACGUUGGCAACGUAUGCCAUGUGCUCCCUCGACCACAUUCGACGUACAGGCUCAGAUCUGUGUCUGGAGUAGCCAAGGAGCACCGGGUGCCCUACCAGCUCCAUACGUGCCCGCAGCAAGUUCACAAGCUCAAUGUUCAUGUUCCGGUGGAGUACAGAUUGGAUCUUGUAACCAGAAUUAUCAAUGUCCCGGACAAUCUGUUUGCCAAGUUGGACAGAAUGCUGGGAACCAGGUGGGUACAGUGUUCAACGGUUGGGGUACCAUAUGCGAAAACGGCUCUGUCUAG